CAUUGGCUCCCCUUUUCCGAAUUAUUAUUACUCUUUCCAUUUGUUAGGGUUUCGUUUCCAUUCUUUAUUCUCUCUCUUCUCUCCGGUCGGUGCAUUUGCCGGGAAAAUCCAAGUUUCCCGACGAAAUUCCCGACCGACGAUUUGUUCCUUUUUUCUCGAAGCUAGAAAAACCUCCCGCGCUUUUUGAGGCCAAAGAAUCUUUACUUUUCUUUCCAAUCGCUUCAUUUUCCCGCUUCACCUCUCCUCAUUUUGCUUUAUUAAUAACUUGAGCUGUAAUUUUAAGAGGAUUUAGCGAUUUGAUUGUAAUCUUUGGAUUUGACAUAAAAAUCAAAUAAGUUUCAAAUUCUGCAGGUAUUGGAGAUGGCAAGUCAAGGCGGUUCAUCGAGACGAAGUUUAUCAGUGGUAAACUCGGCGUCAGGGAGGAAAAAAUCAUCGGAGAAUGCAGGUUCCGACUCUGGCCGAAAACUCUUACCAUCUUCUCGUCCUAUGGGACUAGCUGGAGAGCGUACUGUGAAGAGGUUGCGACUGUCAAAGGCCCUGACGGUACCUGAAAGUACAAACAUUUAUGAGGCUUGCCGUAGGAUGGCUGCUCGUAGGGUUGAUGCUUUAUUGCUUACUGAUUCUAAUGCAUUACUUUGUGGGAUCCUCACAGACAAGGACAUAGCAACAAGAGUGAUUGCUCAGGAGCUUAAUCUGGAGGAGACACCAGUUUCCAAAGUAAUGACUAGGAACCCUGUAUUUGUUCUUUCUGACACUCUUGCUGUAGAGGCGCUGCAGAAGAUGGUGCAAGGAAAAUUUAGACACUUGCCUGUUGUAGAGAAUGGGGAAGUCAUUGCUUUGCUCGAUAUAGCUAAGUGUUUGUAUGAUGCUAUUGCUCGAAUGGAAAGGGCAGCUGAAAAGGGAAAAGCCAUUGCGGCCGCUGUUGAAGGUGUUGAAAAAAACUGGGGAACAUCUUUCGCUGGUCAGAAUACAUUCAUUGAGGCACUUCGAGAGCGUAUGUUCAGGCCCUCACUGUCUACGAUUAUCUCAGACAAUUCAAAGAUUGUAAAAGUUUCACCAACUGACUCAGUUUUAGCAACUGCAAAAAAGAUGCUUGAAUCUCGAUUAAGCUCUGCAGUUGUGACAGUUGAAAACAAACCACGAGGAAUUCUAACUUCUAAGGAUAUAUUGAUGCGGGUAAUAUCACAAAAUCUGCCUCCAGAGACGACACUAGUGGAGAAGGUCAUGACUCCUAACCCAGAAUGUGCAACAGUUGACACACCAAUUGUUGAUGCCUUGCAUACCAUGCAUGAUGGGAAAUUUUUACACCUUCCUGUGGUUGAUAGAGAUGGAGAGAUAGUUGCUGUUGUUGAUGUAAUCCACAUUACUCAUGCUGCUGUUGCCACAGUAAGUCAAGUUGGGAGUACUUCUGGAAUCAAUAAUGAGGCUGCCACAACAAUGAUGCAGAAGUUUUGGGAUUCUGCAAUGGCCUUACCUCCCAAUGAAGAUGAUGAUGAGACGCGAAGUGAUAAUUCCUUGAAGCUAGCUUCUGAUGGAGGGGAGACAGCAAGAUCUCUUCCCUAUCCUUCGUCCAGUAUGCCAAAUACAUUUGGUUUCAAAAUACAAGAUAAAAAGGGCCGAAUGCACAGAUUUACUUGUGAUACACGAAGUAUGACAGAUCUAAUAACUGCAAUCCUUCAGAGGCUGGAGGAUGACAUUGAUAGGGACAGUGUGCCUCAAAUUCUGUAUGAAGAUGAAGACCAUGACAAAGUUGUAUUGUCAUCAGACAAUGAUCUUGCAGCGGCUGUGGAACAUGCAAAAUUAGUUGGUUGGAAGGGUUUGAGAUUGCAUUUAGAUUAUUCAGGAAAACAAGGUCGUCGAAGGGGUUUCAGUUCGGGAAGCUUGGAUUAUGCUCAUUCUGAUGCUUGGGCUGCUGCAUACAGUGCUGUUGCAGCGGGGGCUGCAGUAGUUGCUGGGUUGGGCUUGUUAGCAUACUUAAGGAAAGCCGGCAAUUAGCAUUGUUAAAUGCUUUGCCAUUUUAUAAAAUGAAAUAUGUCACGGGCGAUGCAACUUUCUUUGGGACUGAAUGGUCAACUUGGGUUUGGCUCGGAGGCAAUCCUUGUGCUAGAUUUCGUUUUCCUUUUCUUUUGGGUCAAUACUCAUGACUCAACAAUAUACCAAAUCAAGAAAUCAAUUUUUUUUUUGUUC